AUGAUCAGUCAGUGCUUUGAGAGAAGAGAUGAAACCUCUCUUCUGGGGAGGAAGCCCAGCCCUACCCUCCUGAUCUUGUUUCUGCAUGUCAGGCUCAUCACCGCGAACCCUGAGAUUCUCUCAGGAUCAGAAUGUGCCUUGGAACCCAGGCCUGUACAUUGCCUUCAGUCAGCAGCAUCACGAAGUUCCUCCCUUUUCAUCUCUGCUGGGAGCCCCUGGAUUAGUCUGGCCUGUCCGCCCCAGCAGUACCCUGCACUGGAUUCCUCAGGCCCUUCAUGCCUACAGCUCCAGCAUGUCCAUCACGACAGUGUUGGGGUAACAAUACUGUAUUUUUAG